CGGCUCUUCCGGACCCCUCGAUUCAACGCCCGACCCGACCGCUGACGACUACUACCCACUAGUCGAUAUAACCUUACCACGCAUUUUCACUAGAUAAAAACCAAGCUCAGGACCGGUCGAGCAUGACUGUUGAGCAACUGCACUUGGGCGAGGUACCUAGCAUUUCAAGAUCUGGCCUGAUUCAGCUUCAGGGGUUGCAGCCUGUUGACUCGCUGGGAAGACCCACGAAUGCUCUGGCUCGAGGAUACGCGCCCCCCUGAGGCCGCCCCACCGAUCCCCGACGACACCCGAGCCGAGCGAGCGCGAUGGUAGGCUUCACGAGGCGGCUGGCAUGGCUCGCCAUAUUCGUUAUCGUUUGCCUUGCGCUCCUCUAUAGUCAACGCUAUGCGCCUUACUCAUCUAAGCUCUCUAGCCAGUUGUGCUCGAUCUUGGGGGCUUGUCACGGGGAUACGCCGGGACAGUUCUCGGUCGAGGAGACACCCGUCACCCUAGAAGGAUACGGAAAUUUCACGGGGACGACUAUAAAGUCCACCCUCAGUGGUGUGUCGCUGCCGGGCUCUGUAGAUGCUUGGCUUGGCAUCGACUACGCGACGCAGCCCGUCGGGGAAGGCCGUUUCAAACCUGUCGACUGGCCAGCCCCAUUUGACGGCGUCAGGGCGGCCUCUCAGUACGGCAUGGCAUGCGUACAAGACCCCAGAUACGUGGGCAUCGAUGCGCAGGGCGAGGCCUGCCUCAACUUCAACGUCUACCGAACACGAAAUGUCCCGCUUAGCAUCCGGCUCCCCGUUUUCGUCUACAUCCACGGCGGCAGUUUCAAUUUCGGCACCAGCAGGAGCUUGGACGGUGCUGCAUUCGUCGCAUCUUCGAGGGCCCCCAUAGUCGUAGUCAGCUUCCACUAUCGCCUCAACUCCAUCGGCUUUCUCCCUUCCAUCCUUUUCAGCCAGGAGGGGCUCCUCAAUCUCGGCCUGAGAGACCAGUACUUCUUUUUGAAGCAUUUCGUGCAGAGGCAUAUAAGCUCCUUUGGCGGCGAUCCCGACAACGUGACUCUCGGGGGCCGCUCGGCGGGCGCUCACUCCGUAGGCAUUCAUUAUUUUCAUAACUACGGCGAGGAUACCGGGAAACCCUACUUCGCUAGAACGAUCCUCCAGUCGGGGUCUGUCACUGCGCGUGCGUUCCCUAAUGCGACCUAUCCUCUCUAUGUCCAGCAAUUUGAAGCAUAUAUGGCGCAUCUCCGCUGCCCUACCAAUAACAAUGCGGCAGCGCUGGCUUGUCUACGCUCCGCCAAGCUCGUCGACAUCAGAAAAAUCAGCAUGAAGCUGUACGACGACUCCCAGUAUAACAAUACAUGGCCAUUCCAACCAACACAGGGCGGUCCAAUGCUGGAGAAAUUCGGUUCGCAGUCCGGAUACGAUGCGACCUUCUUCCACGUCCCGACGAUCACCACCAGUGUCACGGACGAGGCCAGAUUCGCCGUACCGCGUGGUAUGAAGACGAACGACGAGUUUCUGCGAUACAUGCGCAGCAGCUCCCCCCAACUAACGACAGACGACCUCGAGGCACUCACCACCUUAUAUCCAGAUCCGGCCACGGACCCUACCUCUCCCUUCCAGGACACCUCGACAGGGGUGCAGUACGCGCGGCUAUCUGCCGCCUGGAGCGACUACGCAUACAUCUGCCCUGGGCAAGAGACGGCAUAUAGGAUAGCCGCGGCCGGUAUACCGACUUGGAAGGCCCGGUUCAACACAAACAACAGCUUCCCAGCUUGGCGCGGCAUCCCUCACGCCGCCGACGGGAGGUAUACCUGGCCCGAGCCCAAAGUUCAGCACCCCGAGGUUGGCCGCGUGCAUCACGGUUAUCUAUCUAGUUUCGUUGCGACGGGCAACCCCAACACGCACAGAUACCCAGGCUCGCCUGAGUGGCCGAGGUAUGAGCCAGAAGGAUACGGGCUAGAUUCUCCGCCGGCGCUCCAGCUCGUCGUCCAACCCCAUAAUACUCAAAUUGAAGCCGAUGACAUUCGUCGAGCGGCCUGCCUAUAUUGGAGAGAUCCGAAGAGAGCGUCGCGACUCAACAAGUAGACUCGAAUAUGGAACCCCCCGUGCGUUUGUUAGCCUCUACACUUUAGAUACCCUCGCCUAUAAGAGUACCCCUCCGCAUUUUGAUACGGCGUCGAUGCCGACCCAGUGUAUUUGAGCUGUUAUAUUUAAAACUGUUUAGUAUGUCUACGAGUACCCAUUCAUUAUAUAUAUUAUAUAUAUAAUAUACGUAUGUGUACACCGUCUGUGAUGCACGUGGUCGAAAUCAGGAUCGGCGUGGAUAGAGAGAAGACACCAAGCCCAAGCGAGCUUGGAGAUACGUUGUGGUGGGCGACCGGAAUGACGUGAUUGAGACUUUGACCGCAUUGGAGAAUAACGUGCCAAGACUCUUCCUAUGCCUC